AUGGGGUUUUGGAAGAGAAUCAUCGAGCUCCUCAUCUUCUCCUCUGAGUACGAGGGGCAGAGCAAGCUCACGUCCGAGUUUUCUUCCCUUGAUCGCGUCGGCCCGUUAAGUGAAGGGUUUCCUAAACCAGCCGGCUCAUGCAAUACCCGCGACAAUCGCAAAUGUUGGACUGACGAUGGUUUCAACAUCAUUACCGAUUAUGAAAUCCAAACUCCGAAAGGGGAGGUUCGAAACUUUUACUUGGUCAUCACGAAUGAGACUAUUGCUCCUGAUGGAUACAAGGUUCAGAGAAUGCUGUUCAAUGGAACCUAUCCUGGGCCAACGCUUGAGGGAAACUGGGGCGACACAUUCAACAUUACCAUCAAGAAUGAUCUUAAGAACCUGAACGGAACCUCCAUCCACUGGCAUGGUAUCCGCCAACUGAACACCAACUGGAUGGACGGUGUUCCUGGAGUGACUGAAUGUCCGAUACCGUUCGCAGACGCCGAUGGGCUAGUAGGCGCACUGAAGAUUAACGGGCCUACAAGCAUGAACUAUGAUGAAGAUCUUGGUCCAGUCUUGAUCACUGACAACUACCACAAGACUGCUUUCUCCCAGAUUCAGCUUGAAUACUUAGGUCGCCCGCCCGCCCCUGAUAGCUUCUUGAUGAACGGCAAAGGCAAAUACUACUGCUGCCCAAAGCUUGACAAGGAGAAGCUAUGCGUUGGCGGGUCACAGCGAGAGUCAUUCAACUUCGAGGAGGGCAAGACUUACAAAAUGAGCCUUGUCAACACAGGAACAGCAACUCACAUGACAUUUUGGAUCGACAACCACGAUUUCAUGAUCGUUGCUGCCGAUUUCGUGCCUAUUACGCCCCGUCCUGCGAAGAUCUUGAACAUUGCCAUCGGACAACGUUACGACAUCAUCGUCAAAGCUAAUGCCAGAGAAAAAAGCAAAGAGACGGACUUUUGGAUCCAUGCUCGUGAUUGCGCACAGGGUGGAGCCCCUUCGAACUUGGGUAUUAUCCGCUACAACCCCAACUCUCAUUACAUCCCUCAUACUCCUCCCAUCGACGAGAAGCAUGUCUGCUACGGCUGCCUUGACGAGAUCAGCAAGACACUAGAGCCCAUCGUCCCCAGGAAGGUUGAACUUCCUGCCAAUAUGAAGUACAUUGAGGAAUCAUUCAAGGUCCAUUUGACCCCUGAUAAGGUAAAUCCUCAGUUCCACAAAUGGGUACUUAAGGACUCGACCUUUCAACUGGAUUGGGCCGAACCCAGUCUGAGCCUUGUCAAAGUUGCCUACGACAAAGGCUGGACCACAAUGCGAUUUCCUGAAGGCUACGAGCCUGUAUAUUUGAACUACACCCAGGAAAGCUGGGUGUACUGGCUUAUUGAGGGCAAGUUCAAGGAUUCUCUCGACGAUGACCCCUCGUCACACAAGAUGUACAAGAACCAGGCACCAGUGGCUCACCCGAUGCACAUCCACGGACACGAUUUUGUCAUUCUAGCGCAAAGUGAGAAGGAAUUUGAUGGUACCGUCGACCUCAGCCCCGAAAUCGCCUGGCACGCCAGCGGUGGACUCGCCCUUCAGUUUAUCGAGUCGCCGAAGGAUAUCGGACCGGCUUUUGCGAAAUCUGGUCGUAUGCCCCAAUUCGCGGAGACAUGUACCAACUGGGCUGCGCAUUACACUCUCUUUAACAAGUUCAAUGACGCCGUGCAGGAUGACUCCGGUAUCUGA